CGUGCACGUGUGUAUGUGUGCGUUUGUCCUUGUCUGUUCAUUUGUUCUAUUUCUUCAUAUCUCAGUGUUUUGUAGAUGCUCGUUUUGCUUGUCUUUGUCUAUCUCUCUACCCUCUUGGUUCGUCUACCAGCUAGCUAGUCCACUUGUUUGUGCAUCCACUACAGAACAUAACACAUCACCACUCAUUGUCUCAUACCCACCAAUCACCUUCCACUCUUUCCCUAGAUAUUUGCAUUCCCCAACCCGACGACAAAGUCGUCUUUCUCUACGUCUCAUCUCUAUUCAACAUCCUACCUCACAGUCUACGACUUGACUUAUCAUCACCCGACUCAGACAAAACGUCCCUCACUUGCUACUCACUAAGAACCGGCUCCAGAACUCCAUCCAAGUCUCCAGAGAGGCAAAUGGCAGGCUUCCAUGAUCGAUCGAGUGCGACUCUUCCUGCAAUGAGGGGAUCACGAGGACGACUGAGUUCGAGUCCGUCGCCGGACAUGAUGGGGAGGAAGUCGAUUCCGAUAAGACGAAGUGGAUCGGCAGACACGGUUGUGCUGAAACGUGUUGAGCAGGUUCAAGGUGCAAUAAGACCUGCAAUGAGUUCCGGUUCGGUGAAGAUUCAAGUUGCUUCUAGAGCUCGUGAGUCAUCAGUAAAGUCACCUUCACCUGUAAAAAGCCCUAAAGCUUUGCCGAGUGUGGUGACUCCCACUGGGGUUGUCACGGAGAUGUUUAAUGUCGUGCAGAACACGAGGAAAGAUGCGCAAGCGCUUGUUGCUUGGUUGAGUGAUUUGGAGAAGAAAUUGACGACUGCAGUUACAUCUCAAAUGGGGCAAGCUGCUCAAUGCAGGAAGGUCUAUGUUCAACAUCAGGAGCUUGUGAAAGUUUUGUAUGAGAGAGAGCAGGAGGUAAUGAACGUUCUAGAUUGUGGAAAUGAGUUGGUCAAGUCACAGCCGACAUCCGAAGAUCUCAAGCAAAUGCAAGUGGAAAUCGUCGAUCUCGGAAGCAAAUGGUCCAACCUGACGACUGCAGUGAAGGAGAAGUCGCGGAAGGUCUCCCGGACUGUUGUUGCAUCACAAGAGCAGCAGUUACGGUCAUUAGAAGAGUGGCUUACUCGAGUCGAGUCCUACCUACAGAAAUGGGAAUCAGAGACAGAAGAUUGGCAGCAGAAUUAUCUCAAGAGUAUUGAGAGUGGGUUGGAAACUCAUCGAGGUGUAGUGAGUGACUUGAAUGUGUUGGUUGACAUGUCGGCGAGUACGCAGAAGAAGUUCAGUGGCCGUAUUGAGAAGGCCAAGAAACGUUGGGAGACCAUCGAACGUCUACUCGACAUGAAGAAAGUCAAGUCAGCGCGUAAAGAAGAUCUUCACGACGUCUGCAUGGAAACGUACUACUUGUUCAUCAAUGAGCUACAACGAUGGGAAGGUGUGGCAGAAAAGGCGGCAAACAGAAAUGCAGAAAAAGAUGAGCUGGAGAAAUUUCAGCAGUGCAAGUCUGCAGUAAAAGGUCAGUUACAGACUCUGUGUCGUGACGUUGAAUCGUAUGUGAAGAUGAAUCGUGGAAGUGAACAAGCAGUGAAGAUCGAGCAGCAGGUGGAGGAUGCAACGUGUCGUUGGGAAGCCGUGUGCAAGAGACUCGAACAUGGUUUGAUAGGAAUUAGUUAUGGGAUGGAACAGAUUCAUGAAUUACAAGGUCGUCUGGAUGAGUUGCACAGCUGGGUGAAAGGAGUGCAAGCCGUUCAUCUGACGUCUCCUUUGAUGUUGUCGUCGCACGAACGAGUUGAUCAAGAACUGGAUGAGGUCAAGAAACUUCUCUCUGAAAUCACUGCACGACGGCCUCUUGUUGAGGCUCUUGAGAGGGCAUCUCAUCAACUUGCAAAUCAACUGGGAGUAUCAAAAACAGCAAAACCAACUACGAGGGAGGACAGAGAUGCUGACCAUUUGGUGAAGGCUGUGGACGAGUUUAAGACGGGCUGGAGCAAACUGUGUGAUGACGUUGGCAAACGAAAUCAGCAGCUACACCAAGCUCGGGUCAACUUUCAGAGAUUCGAUGGUCUUGUUGGUGACAUCAGGAAAUGGAUGGAUGAAUCCGAGUCUGUGCUGUUGGUGUCAACGCAAGACGAAGAUAGGGAACUCAGACUGAAGUCGCUCCGCGCUGCUCAAAGGAUUCAGAGUGACGUCUUGCUCAGUAUCCAGCAUCUCAGUAGAGAGAUCCAGACGCUUUCGCCUGAUGCUCGAGCCGUCGAGAGCGUCUACGUGUCAGUGAAGGAACGAUGGGACGAUAUUGACGUCUUGCUGCAAGAAAGACUGUCGGCGUUCAGUCCGACCCUCAAGGAGUCCGUGUCUGUAACAAAGCAGCUGUCGUGGAUUGCUGAUUGGCUGAAUGAAACCGAACCAGAUAUUGUUGCCUUAUCUGCUGCGAAGAGCCUGCAGGAGGAUGGAUUACACUUGGACGUUCAGACACGUUUGACAAAAGUGAAGACGUGGUCAACAGAUGCAACAAAGGUGAAACAGAAAGUCGCAUCGAUCAGCAGCAGCGGUCUCAUCCUACUACCAGCCGACAUGCAAGCUCCAGUCAAGCAACAAAUUGACGAAGCGAACGAGCGACUCGACGACAUCUUCGACGUUCUCACUGCCCACGAACGACAACUGCAAUCCGCUCGCAAACAAAUCAAAGACUUCGAACAGCAACUGGACGAUCUAACAGGCUGGACCGAAGCCUCAAGGAAAGUACUUCGAGGUGGCAGACUUCGAGCUGACGAGGAGAGCAAGGCGAAGCUUCAUGCGAUCGAAUCCGAAGUCGAAUCGAAGAAGGAACAAAUCAAGAGGCUUUCAGUUGCUUCUGCUGUCAUGGUGGCUCAGUCGUUGCCUCAGCAUGCGCAUUCGCUCGAGAGGAAGCUGGAGGUCGAGUUGAAGGAGUUCAAUCACUUGAUUUCGUGUCUGGCGUCGAAGUGGAAGGAGGUGGAUUCGGCGAGUGUUAGCGUGGAGCAGGCGCAGAAAGAGAUUGAGGACUUGAUCGAGUGGCUGUUGAAAUUGCAGGAGAGGAUUGAUUGCGUGGAGGAGAAGCAGGGAAUCGAAGAUCAAUUCCAGCAGUGUCAGGGAUUUCUCGAAGAACUAUCCGCUCAAAAACCCAAACUCGCCGACAUGCAUCGACACGUCGAGUCGGUCCUCGCCAAUCUGUCGUCGAACGACGAACAGCGUCAACAGCUCGACGCGGAACUCAAGCUCGUUGCGGAGAAAUACCACGACAUGAGCGUCUCACUCGAAAGCGAACGCGACAAAGUGCAAGCGACAAUGUCGUUUGCUAAGAAUCUGAUGGAUCUACAAGACUGGCUGUCGCAGGCCGAAGAAGGUGUGGACAAGAUUGCGGAGUCUCCGUUAGGCCAUGGCGUGUCGGCGACUGCCGUUCUCGAAACGUGCCAAGAAUUUCAGGAGCGUGUUAACGCGCGGCGGUAUCUCUUAGAGCACGCUAACGCGGCAGCGCGCGCUAACCUCAGCACGGCGGAUCCGGAUUUUGUCGACGCGUGUCGGCAAAAGUUGACGGAGCUUGACGGUCGACAUUCGAGUUUGAACGAGAACGUUGCGUUGUUGAAUCAGAGACUGUGCGAGGUGAGCGCGUUUGAGAGUCGAAUGGAGGAGGUUGAGACGUGGGUGGAGAAGACAGAGAGGGAGAUGGCGCGGCAGGUGACGGACGGACGGAGGAAGGAGAUGCUGUCAAUGGCUGGUGAUCAGGGAGAUGUGCUUGAUGGUGUGGAGAAACUUUUGGAUGCUGUGGAGGGAAACAUUGAGGACGACUCGGCGACUUCGUAUAGGGAGAGACUGCGCGGUUUGCGACGUCAGUUUGACGUGCUGCUGAAUCUGUUGAGAGGAGACGUGGCGACUGUGGCGCCCGCCGUUCUCGUCGAGUCCAAGUCUCGUCACAUUUCGUUUGUCGAGCCGGUCGUCACCGGCAGCAAACUGUCAGCGACGCAGGAGCAGGCGCAGAACGACUCGACGGCGAUGGAGGACGUCGUGGCGGCGAUGGACAAGGAGAUGAUUGGCAAGCUGAAGGAGUUCGAGAGAGCACUGAUCGAGCUGUCGCGCAUGAUGAACGCCGCCGAUUACGAGUUCAGCGGGAUCAGCUCGACGUCGACGAGCGUGGACGACAUGCUGCAAAAGUGCGAGCAUUUACAGAAAAAUCUCCGCAAGCAAGAGACUCCUAUAUCCGAAUUAAAGAAGCUAUCGUCUACUCUCAUUGCAUUUUGCAAUGGCAAAGGUCACACGCAAGCAGCUGAAGUUAUUUCCGACAAACUGAAGGAGCAGUUAACGCGCUUCCAGGAGUUAAAGAGUGGGACGGAUGCUGAGCAUGCUCGGCUGCGUCAGGCGGCUCAGUUUGCGCAGACUAUUUUGUCGUUGGCCGAGUGGGUGAUGGAAACGGAUACUGUGUUAUCUGCCGUGGAGAUGGCGCCUAUAGGAUGUGGUGCGACCAUAGAACAGGCGUUGGAGCAAUGCAGAACAUUGGAGCAAGCGCUGGAAAACUAUAGACGCACUAUUGAAAACGUGAAUGAGAGCGGCGAGAAGGUGAUUCCCAAUCUCGAUCCCGAGGUGGCGGACGUCUUUCAGACGAAACUGCAAGAACUCAAUCAACAGUAUCGAAGACUCUGCUCACGAAGCGACCGACUCAUUGAAGGAUUUGAAGAAGUGCAGUCGUUUGACGGCAAGCUGUUACAGCUGACUACUUGGUGCACACAGAUGUCUCAACAGCUGGCAGCGAGGCCCGUUGCAGUUACUAAGGCUCUCCAUGGCGACAUCGUGAACAGAAAGAAGGAGUUCGACGCUCUUUCGUCUCAAUGUCGAGACAUCGCAGAUCACUUAUCAUCCGAGGCGUGCGCGUCUUUCGAAGAGCGAACCGAGAACUUGUUGAGAAACUACGAACUGCUAACCGAAGAGGCGGUGAAGGCGGUCGAAGUUGCCGAGACGGACGUCGACAGCUUCGUCGACGAGUGUCGGAAGUUGACGGAAUGGCUCGCCGACGUCAAGAAGUUUCUUCAACCGAAGGCAGACGCGGGGACGGAACUGAUGUCGAUUGGUGACGAGCUGGAGAGAUGCAGGACGUUGGGUGGUGAGUUGAGUGACGAGGAGGUGACUCUUAAUCACUUAGCCAAGUCGUCGAAACGUCUACGAGAAAGUGGAGGGGGAGAGAAGAAGCAACUAGACGAAGCGCAGAAGAAAUAUUCGCAACUUGUGAAGGUCUAUACCGAGGUUAAAGGACUUGGUGCGCAGCGAGAGAAGCUCCUGGAGAAGGCCGAAGCGUUCGAACGAGACCUAGACUGCAUGAUGACGUGGCUCAUUCAGACGCUUGACUGGCUGCAGACAUGCAAGCAAAGUCAACUGCAACCCGACCAGCAAAUACAAACUGUAAAUAUGCUGCGAGCAAACGUCGACCAACAGCAGCCAAACUACGCCACAUUAACAUCCUCCAGUGAGACUCUCGUUGCAAAGUUCGAGAGCGCAAGAUCAUCCAUCUACGCCGACAAACUGAGCAUGCUUAAAGAAAAGUGGACAGCAUUAGACAGCGAAACAAGUAUGUUUGAAAUGACAGUUAAAAAAACAACAGAAGAGGAAGAAACAACGAGAAAACAUAAAGCUUUCUCUGCUGCUGAGGAUAUGCGUCAAUGGUUGACGUCGUUGGUUGAGGAAAUGAAUGUGCAGGAGGGUCCUGCUGCUGAUGUCGACAUGUUGAUGAAGCAAAUCGACGAGCAGAAGGAAUUUCAAGAGAGACUGUCAUCUCGCCACGCAGACGUCGAAGACACUAAAACGUCACUCUCCUCCCUUACCACUAAACCGGAAGUGGGACCGGAAGCAUCCUCACACAUUGUUGCAAUCAGUGAUCUUCACGUUCAGGUGUUAGACACCUGUAGACAGCGUGAAGAAGAACUCGAGAAAGCAAUGGAGGAGUUGCAGGGGUUUCACCGCGAUUUGGCUGACGUUUUGAGGUGGUUGAAGGAUGUGGAGAGUCGGCAGGAGGUGUCGCCUCGUGAUAUGCAGCUGUCGAAUGGAGAUGGUUUGUCGGGUCCGAGGGAGAUGUGCAAGAUUGUAAAGGAAGAAAUCGACCAACGAAGCGCCAUUGUCGAAAGCCUCAACUCGAGAAUGUCGAGUAUUCUCUCAUCGAGCGCCACCCACGGAACGGCCAAACUCAUCCAACGAAUUGAAGAGCUAAAUCGUCGAUACCGCGAAGCAUCGGCAAAGGCUGAAGAAUACCUGCAGGGCACCGAGUACCGAACUCUCAAUAAGGAACAACUGAUGAGAGAAAUGGCCGGUCUGAAGGACUGGCUGCAGACAAUCGAGAAGUGGUUGAUGAUGCAGAGAACGUUGACGUCGUCGGGCACGAAGGAAGACCAACAGGCCAGUGAGCAAGAACUGGAACGAUGCACAAAUCUACUUCGUGACUUGGCAAGUCGUCGCUUGAGUGUCGAGUCAAUUGUUGACUCGGCUCACUCCAUCUCGACGUCUGGAGAUCACAGCAACGAGGAGGCAGCGAUGCUUGCUCAAGAGGCCGAUUAUUUGCAGAAGUUUUUCGAAGACGUCAAGCAGCGAUGUGCCGGUCGGCAGGCAGAACUGCAGACGAGCAUUCUUCAGGGUGCUGGAGAGCUGGUACCAGAGCCUAUGCAGUUGGAGACGCUCCAGGAUGUUGUAGCAGCUGUAGAUGACUUACAAGAGUGGCUGGAUGGUGUACAUGUGUGGGUAGAGACACAGCAUGUGAGGCAUGUGAUUGGGGAGGGAAUCGCAGAGAUGCAGACGAUGCUCGAUAAUUUGAAGAAAUGUCACACCGACCUGACUCUCAAGCAGUCGUCUCUUGAUAUCAUCAGUGCUUCUACUCACAGCUUGACAGCCUCACAGACGUCAUCAAGUGAUACCGAGAACGUCGUCUUUGCUGUGGCGACAGUGAGUCAAAGCUUUGGAGCUGUCGAACAAGAAGUGGUGACAAAGAUUGGCGUGUUGGAAAGAACUGCUGAGGUUGCCAGCGAGCUACAACAAUUGAUUGAGACAUUUGUUGUGUGGUUGGAUGACACGGAUAGUCAACUGGAGGCACAAGGGAAGCCGGCUGGUGAUCUGGAAGUGUUAGCAGACCAGCUAGACAAGCACAGAAAACUGCACGAUUCCGUUGGCGAUCAUCAGAACAAUCUAAUCCGGAUCUUCCACCUCUCACGUCCCCUUCUUAAAUCGUCUAGACGUGGACGAGGAGACAACGAUGACGAUGGCAAUGACUCAUCAAGCGACGACAGCUCAGAGGGAGAGCAUUCACAGUCAAGCGAAAGCGACAACGAGGAAAUUUCCGACUUGCAAGUGACGUUGAGAGAACUGAAACUGAGAUAUAGAGACAUCGGAGACAAGGUCGCUGAGAGGCAGCGCUCGCUCGAAGUCGGCAUGCAGAGGCUGCGCGAUUUGUUCAUUAUGAUGCAGGACUUGCAGUUCUGGAUGCUGAAGGUUGACCAGACGAUGAUGGAACGCGUAGAGGAUAUCAACAGGGAGCAGUUGCUUGCUCAGAAAGAGUCUCAUCGGGAACUGGCUGCCGAGUUUGAGAUGAAACGUGAAGAUUAUCAUCGUUUGAAUGACAGUUGUGCUCUCUUCUUGGCCGACUGUAUGGACGCGAGUUCUGCGAGUUUGACGAAAGACCUGGCCGUACUGAAUCGUCAGUGGACGACAGCGGAAUCAAAAAUGCGUCUAAGACAGUCCCAAUUGGACAUGGCUGGUAUGAAGAUCAAGGUGGGUGGGAGCAGUCAAGCCCACAGUAAGUUUGCUGCCACAUGUCUUGUGGUCUACAGCUGGCUUGGACCGUUGGAGGAACAGCUUUUGACGCCUGCUUUGUUGAAUGCUGAUUUGGAUGUCAUUCAAGAGAAAUGUGAACUUUAUCGGGCAAUACAAGAACAAGUCGCCGAUCAUCAUCACGAAAUUGACCAACUCAACGAUCUAGGAGAGCAAGCCAUACACGAAUCCUCAGGAUCAGACAACGGCCGUACCAUUGAGCAAGACAUUGAGCAGGUGAUGGAACGUUGGGAGGUCAUCUGUAGUCUCGCACCCGAACGGCUCAACGAGAUGGAAGCCACACAGGAGCAGGUGACGGGAUUUUAUGCCGACAUUGAGUGUCUCAAUGAGUACAUCAGCUCGAUGGACAAGACGUUACAAGGACUGCAGUUGGGGGAGAAGAUUGAGGAGGUGCUGGCCGAGAUUGUUGAUGACGUUCAAGAGCAUGCGAAAGUUCGUCAGCAGAUUGUCGAGUUUGCUGAGCAGUUGGUGGAGGCUUCUGGUGAUACAUCGGCCGUUGCUCUGUUGAAGGUGCAGAUGUUGACGUUGAGUAACGCGUGGGCGGCGGUGGAGGAGAGAUUGGGAGAGCUGCAAGAUCAGAUCAGGCAGAGAAAGGAAUUUGAUGUGUCUUUGAAUGCAUUUGGUGCAUGGCUUGAAGAGGCUGAGAAUGCAAUUGAACGUGAAGAUCCACCACAGGACGACAGGACAAGUGUUGACGAGGAGCUUCGUGUUUUACAGGAGCUUGUAGAACAGAUCGAAACUCGAGGUGAGGACCUCGGCAACCUUUGUAAACUAUCACUUGAACUCGACACGAGUUGGUCAAACUACCAAUCUUCAGCUUCUCGCUCUCAUCUCAAUGAACUCAAUGACUCGUAUUCUUCUCUCAAAUCGAGAGCAACAGCGAAGCACACGCGUGUUGCCAGCAUGAGACGUCGCGGUCAGAACUGGCGAGAGACGAUGAGCAAGCUGUUGGUACUGCUGAAAAACGCGGAAGAGUUUUUAGCGACGGCCGUUCAUAAGGGUUGCGAACUGGCAAUGGUACAGAAUCAGUUGAUUGUUUACAAGAAUAUCUACAGUAAGGUGCUCACCUGCCAGUCGGAUAUCGCGAUGGUCAACGAAACCGCCAACGAGUUCCAGCGUCCGCAAUUGGAGAGUCUCAACAGUCGAUGGGAAGCGAUGCGACACGCACUCAAUGAUAGACGAACGGAUCUAGAAAACACCUAUGCAAUGUUGGGAGAGUUCUACGCUGAUGUGAAGAACCUUCAUCAGAUGAUGGUCAAUCUGGAGACGAAGAUUCGAGGGACAAGUUCUCAGUCGGACGAGGAGCGGCUGGUGGCGAAGAUGAAUGAGUGUGGUGGUUUGCUAGAGAAGACGGAAACGACCGGUCGUCUUCUGUUAGAGAGCUCGCUGACUGGCAGGCCGGCGGUUAACACGUUGCAGAGAGCGCUCGGUCAGCUGACCCAUUGUUACAAUAAGCUGAAAGAUUUGUUUGAGCAGUGGAAAGCUGAUCCAGUGGAGGUUUGCAGCAAGCAAACACUCUCACUCAUCACAGCCAAUCUCGGACCUCUAGUCGACAUCGUCGAGUCACCCAGUCCUCAAAAGGACCAACUUGUCAUGAUGGAAUACACAGAACCAGACUACACCCUUCCACCGCGACCAAAACUUGAAAACCUGCCAGGAGUUCUAGAUGUCGUCGAAGCCGAUCUCGGUCGGGAUUCGCCUCCGGUGUCAGACAUCGAUGCUUUGCAGAAGCAUUUGGAGAUGUUUGAGAGUCACUGUAGUGAGUUGAACCGAUAUAAAUCGUUGGUUCAACCAACUUCGUCUGUAAGUUCGUCUGUCAGUUCUAUUGACAGUUUUGCAAGUCCAGUAUCAGCUGCAAUGAGAGAACCAGUCUCCAUCGAUCUUCAACAUCGUUUCAAUACAGUGUACGCUGCUGUCGAUGUUCGACGUCGAGAUCUUGCAUCAAUGCUUGCGUCUGUAUCACGUGUGCACACUCAUCUAGCUGAAAUUGAGCAAUGGGUUCAUGAUGCUGAGGAAUUGAUUGACAAGUCUCGUAGCACUGGCAGCAUGUCGAGAGCGACACAGAGAGUACACAGCCAGAUAUCGAAUCAGCAGAGAAGAUUUGAGACUGUGAGGGAGACGGUGGGAAGGCUUUGCUUGAGAAGUGAGAUCGAAGUGCAGGCGGACAGGAAGCUACGAGAUCGAGUGAACACGUUAGGAGUGAGUGUGGAGAGAGUAAGGAGGAAGUUGGAAGGCAAACGAUAUUCUCAUCUACUAUCAAUCUCACCAUCAGCUGUGACUGCAUUCGAGAGUAGUACAUCACAAUUUCUUGGCUGGCUGGAUCGCGUUGAGUUGCACAUCAAAACGACAUCGAAAGAGACAACCGAAGAAUCAGACAUGGAGCAGAAGAAGAAGCAGUUGGAUGAGAUCAAGCGAGACUGUGAUGAUCAUCGGUCGCAGUUUGGUAACUUGAAGGAAAAAGCAGAGAAGCUUGUGGCAACCGGAGAAGAUGGCUCGAUGCAAGUGCUGGCUAUACAGAAAGCGUGGGACUCCGUGCAGCAUCGAUGGACUCAAGUUUCUGCUUUACUCGGUGAACAACUGUUGUCAUUCGACACAAGCAUGUUGCCAGCAGACAGACUGGAGCAGUUCACCAAUCUGGUGAACGACGUCGAGAACUGGUUGAAGCGAGUUCAGUCGAAAUUGGAACUGGAGAACGUGAACACGACGAACAACAAGGAAGUGAAGUUGGCGUUGAAGGAUCUGGAGGAGUUGAAGCAUCAGCUCACAGUAGAGGACAGUCGUCAUGACAUGGUCGUCACAGAGGGAAAUGCUCUACUUGCAAUGUGUCGUCCUGGUGCUGCAGAAGCCGUUGAGCUUGCAAAGACAAUACAAUCCGUGCGGCAGCAUUAUCGAAGUGUUGUGGAUUUGUUGAGUAGGAAGAUGAACAUGUUGAAAGGGAAUAAUCGAGUGGAGCCUGUUCAGAUUAGAGAGGUGGUAGCUGACGUUCAUGCCGUGGUCCCUCGUCCAUUCAGCACCGUCGACUCACCCGUUCACUUUGUUGCGUAUGCAGAGGACCUGCUAGCGUGGCUCGAUGACGUAGAAUUGUAUCUCAAAGAGUGUCUCAUCGUCGGAGAAGUACAGUCUAUCAGAGACUGCUUGAACAAAAUUAAGGUGACGGAAGGUGAGCUUGAGGCGAAGACCAAGCGGUAUGAUCAUGUCAUUCAGGGAGGGAAUGAUCAACUGGAAGAGUAUGGGGAAACGUCAGUGGAGGCCGCAACUGUGAGAUCGUCAAAAGAUCAGCUCACUAAUCGAUGGAAUACGGUCACAAAUUUGCUUGUCAAGCGUAAGACAAGUGUACUCCUUCUCAUCCCACCAUGGCAAGACUUCAGAACUCUAAAAGACAGUUGGAUUGAACGAGUACAACUUGUUUCAGGCCGUCUUGCCCCUCAUGUUUGGGACAUCACCGUUCAACCUCUACAAGCGGUCGAGAAGCAGCUGCAAGUAGUCGAGGUCUUGUCGACCGAACUCGACGAGCACGACGAGGCACUCGAACAUAUUCUCGUCGCCAGCCGCAAGCUCGUCGACGAGUCGGCAAUGGAAAACACGCAGCCACUGCGCGACUGGAUGCAGUCGGUCGAACUCGAAUGGGACGAACUGAAAGAGAGCAUCGGUAAGCGACCGGGUGAGCUGCAGGAUGUCGACACUCAAUGGCGAAACUACCUGGAAGGCGUGUCUGCGUUCGAGUUGUGGCUUGAGGGGCUGGAGACUCAGAUGAAGGAGCUGGACCCGGUCUCGUCCGAUCCCGCACAGCAGCAGCGCCAACUGGAGCAGCAAAAGGUCUUACAAGAGGAAGUGAACGAGCAACUGCCAGCACUUGAGGGCAUCAAUGCGUCGGGUGCUCACGUGAUUGAGGAGAGCAAGCAGGUGGUGGACACUGCAGCCCUGCAGGCGAGGAUAGCGCAGAUGAACGAGCGGUGGGAGAACUUGCAGAACGUGAUCGAGGAAAGACGAGGAGACCUUGGAGAUCCGUACGUCAAGCGGCGACGCAUUCUACGGCAAAUGACGGAACUUCUCUCGUGGCUUGCGGACGUCAGAAAGCGGCUGGAGUACAUGCUCUCACAUCCGCUCGGAGUCGACUUCAAGACGGUCAGCGUGCAAGUCCAGCUGCACGAGGGUCCAAACGGAUUCGUGAGUCAGCUGAUGAAUAGACGUGAGUUUGUUGAACGAACACUGGCGGAGAGUGAAGAGCUGCAGGUGGCAGAGGGGGUGGUGGGGGAGAGCGACAAGGCGUUGCUCAAUUCGAUCGCUCAGGUGCAUGAGGAACUGGGACGAACGUGGAGAGAGCUCAACUCGAAGUCGGAGGACUGGAGCAAGAAGUUGGAUAAGGCGCAUACUGAGUUGAAGCUGUUUGAGGAUACGUGCGGUGACUUGGAGGGAAGGCUGGAGCAGUUUGAAGUGUCUCUGCAAGACAUGGGAGCCGUUUCGGAGUCGGCCUCGGUUCUGCGAAGACAGAGUGUUGAAACGGAAAAACACAAUUCUGAGAUUACGAUUAUGAACAAACAGUUGAGUGUGAUCGAGGCAUCUAUAGCCGAACAGCAACAAAUGGAAAUCGACGUGUCGGAGACGGCAACCCUACGCGUUGAGCAACUAAAGAAGCGACUGAAACGUGAUCAGAUUCAAAGCAGUAACCGCGGAGACGCGGUCGGCCAAGCGCUUAAAAGAACGAUGAUGCAGGCGUUUCCAAUCCCAAAGCUACCGGCCGGAUGGACGAGAGCAGAGAACGAGAAUGCCGUUCCCUACUUCUUCUAUUAUCACAACGGACAACAGAUAACGUAUUGGGAUCAUCCAGAAAUGAGCGAACUCUAUUCAACGUUCGACACGGGCAACAAGCAUUCUGCAAGCAGAACGGCAAUGAAACUGAGAAGUAUUGUACUCAAGUGCUGUUUCGACAACGUUGAGCUCGCUCACAUUGUCAAGUCGAUAGAGAAGUACGGUCUAAGCCAACAGAACGACUCGCCCAUCGACGUCGUAGAAAUGGGCAACGUGCUGGCCGCCGUCUACCAGGAGCUACCCGAAAUAGAUCGCGUCGACAUCGACGUCAACAAAUGCACUGACAUGCUUGUCACGUGGAUACUCAAGCUCUAUGAUCCGUCACAUAGUGGUAAAGUGCCUGUUCUCGGAUUCAAGGUCUGUUUGUCGUCACUGUGUCAGUGUCAGCUGAAGGAGAAGUAUAGAUAUAUGUUUCGUCUUUUGUCCGACGUUUAUGGUCAUACGGAAGCGUCGAGGGUGCAGCAGUUUAUUUGCUACGCUAACGCAGUGCCUGCGUCGGUAGGAGAGGCGGUUGGUUUUCCCACGUCGCAGAACGCUGUAGCGAAGGCUGUGUCGGAAUGUUUCCAUAAGGCCGGAGUGAAGACGUUGCUCGGUCAGAACGCAUUUCUAAAUUGGAUGCUGAGUGAACCCGAAGUUCUCCGCUGGAUUCCCUUCCUGCAUCGCCUCAUAUGCGGCACGGCCAACGGUGACUCGCGACGUGAUAGAGACGAAGAAUCCCGAAGCUGUAGAAUAAGUUGACGAAAUUUCCCGCAUAUACGUCGCUAACUGCCAAUGUACACACACUCGAGGUGAUAGCCGAUGGGCAUGCGCAAAUGGGUUCCUCUGAUUAAAGUUUAUAAUUAAAGACGAUUAUGACUGAUCUCUUUGACAAGUAGGUUGAAGCUCAAUAGGUUGCUGUGACUGACUGGAUCUAUUUUACGAUGCACGCGGUCGCAUUUUGCGUUUAGAUUUAUGAAUUAGUUUGGCAGGA